GAGCCUUUCCACGAAGGCCAACGCUCGCCGCCUCUCCCCUUGGUCGCGACGUUGUGUAGGACGACGUCGCCCCGGUCCUUCUUCCCGUCAUGAGUGUACGCGGACUUCGCUGGUCCUUCGGGGAGCCGAUGUCUCCCGUCGGUGACGCGCCUCGGUCCGCUGAAACGACCGGUGACUCGAACGGUACGUUCUCGGCGCCUUCCCAGCUGGAGCCCGAACGGAGCGACUGCCGCUGGUGCCACAGGGACGAUCGAUGGCACCUGGAGAACGGUGAGGGCGGCGAGGUGUCCCUGCUGUCGUCACAGUUGGAGGUAGUUCCUAUGAAGGAUUUCAGCAACGAAGUGCGAGCUUCCCUGGACGUCCGCAACUUUCUUCAGGACGCGACGGUGCUACUCGACGUUGAAGAGACCGCCUUGGAAGACGUCGUGGAUACCGUCUUGAAAAGCGUUCUGGAAGCUGGUGAACCAGGAACGAAUGUUAGUGAAACCAAGCAAUCGUUGUUCGUAGCUGAACGAGUUGCCAUGCCAACCAGGACUAUCCAGGGCGUUUGCAGCUACGAGAAUGGCAACUUCGAGUACGACCAGAGCUGGAUGUGCGUCUUGUGCUCCAUGCCAACGUUGCAGAGAAAGCACGUGGCCGUGGCGAGGCUCAAGCAUGCUGCCAACAUGGGUCGCACCUGCGGGGACGUGCGGUUCCUGGUGGUCGCGAUGACCCCCAGCAGGCAGAAGAGCACCAAGAGUGCGCUGGAGACGGGUCGCACCUUCGCCACGCUGUUCGCCGACUCGGCGUUGCGUCAGCGGCUCUGGGAGGCCCGCACGACCGCGCGCUUCGUCGAGGAACUGUGCCAGCACGCUGAACGCCUCGCCGCCGACCAGAGGAGCGCCCUGGCGCUCAGCGUUAGCCCACCGGAAGCUAAGGAAGAAAGCAACAAACGCAAAUUCGUCAUAGCCAAAGGCUUGUGCGACGAUGUUCGACGUCGGCUGUUCUACUACAUCAGUGACUACGUUGACGGUAUUCUGGGCCCACGAACGCUGUACAAGACAAUAUGUACGACGUUUUUCCUUUACUUCGGCUGCCUGCUGCCGACCAUAGCGUUUGGGGCACUCAACGACACCAACACACGCGGCAAAAUUGACGUUAAAAAGUGCAUGGUCAGCCAGACCAUUGGAGGACUGGGCUUUGCACUCUUCAGUGGCCAGCCACUCGUUAUUCUGAUGACGACAGCACCACUCAGCCUCUACAUUAAAGUCAUCUAUGACAUUAGUCAGGACUAUGGUUUCGACUUCACUGCCAUGUACGCUUGGGUCGGUCUCUGGAACAGCUUCUUUCUGUUCGUCUACGUCAUCUGUGACGCAAGCAAGGUCAUGAAAUGGUGCACCAGGUCCACCGAGGAAAUCUUCUCCCUCUUCAUCACGAUUGCCUUCUGCGUAGACGCCGGCCGAGACGUGUACAAGAACUUCCUGCAAAACUACCUCGCACCAGUCUGUGCCGACACCGUCUCGGCGGCCGGCAGUGUUUAUCCCAUCGCAGCCGUUAACAACGUUACCAGCGGCACUUACGAUGCGGUGUUCGUGGAGACCUCAAGCUGCCAGCGGGACACGAGCCUUCUCUUCCUCAUGUUAACCCUGGGCACUUGCAUGCUGGGCGUGACGCUGUACAACUUCAACAAGACCCCUUACCUGCAUACGUACUUGCGCAACCUGCUGUCCGACUACGCUCUGCCCGUGGCCGUGGUUGUGUUCAGCUUCGUCGGCUCCUUCGUGUUCAGGGACGUCAAGACCGAACAGUUCCGCAUCUCCGAGGGCUACAGCUUCGAACGGGCGCAGUUCGAGUCCCUUCCAGUGUCCGGGAUCUUCGGGGCCAUGGGCCUGGGCUUCGCGCUGUCGCUCCUGUUCUUCAUGGACCAGAACAUCUCCGCCGCCAUGGUGAACAACCCGAGCAACAAGCUGCGCAAGGGCAGCGCCUACCACCUGGACCUGCUGGUCGUCGGUUUGCUCAACGCUGGCCUCUCGGUCUUCGGGCUACCCUGGAUGCACGGCGUGCUGCCGCAUUCGCCAUUGCACGCGCGCUGCCUGGCCGACCUGGAGGAGCGCGUCGACCAGGGUCACGUGCACGAGGUCGUCGUGCGGUCUCGGGAGACUCGGCUCACCGGCAUCCUGUCGAGCCUGUUCAUUGGGCUGUCGCUGCUCAUGCUCCCGUACCCGCUGUCCUACAUUCCCACCGCUGUCCUGGACGGGUUGUUCCUGUACAUGGCUGUGACGUCGCUUAUAGGUAACCAAAUGUUCGAGCGCGUCACACUAUUUUUCACGGAGCAGGCGGCAUACCCUCCAAACCAUUACAUCCGGCGCUGCCCACAACGAAAGAUACACUGCUUCACCAUCUGUCAGGCUGUGCAACUUGGGGUGCUGUGCUUCUUUGGAUUCGCGCCCUGGCCCUACGUCCAAAUGGUCUUCCCUGUCAUCAUACUGUUACUCUUGCCGCUCAGGCAUAAAGUCAUCACCCUCUUCAUCGAUCGAAGAUAUCUGGCAGCGCUGGAUGGCAAGCACCAAUAGGACCAUACCCAACGCAUUCUUCCGCUGUCAUGGCAGCGUGUCGGUAUCAAGCUAUCUGUAAUCAGAAAGGCCUCGAACACUCAAGUGUGGUGCCCCUAGCGAUGGCCUCUUCGUGAAGAUUCUCGAGCCUCUAGACAGUGCUGCAGCUUCAAAGACCAGCGUUGGGCUGAACGAUGACCGGACGUAAACCGACGCACGGCG